AAUUUCUCCCAUUCUUCUUUCCUUCUUCCUUCCCCCUUUUCCGCUGUUCUUCUUCUCUGAUGCGAUUUUUCAGCUGAACCAAAAAAAAUGUUGUCUCAGUCUUGCAUAGAGUGUCUGAGUUUAAUCUCCGUCGAUGAUUUCCGCGUCAUCAAUCGCCGGCCGACUCCCGCGGCCAUCAAGCUCCCUUCUUCACCCCCUUCUUCAGUCCCCACCCAACAUCAGCAGCAACAACAACAACCCAGAUGCCCGCCUUCUCCGGCCGCCGCGCCGCCGUCGCCGGAGCGCCGGGUCGUGGUGGCGAACCACCUCCCCAUCCGGGCCAUACCCGACCCGAACAAGCUCUCCACGGCGCCGUGGCGGUUCGAGCUCGACGAGGACUCCCUCUACCUCCAGCUCCGCGACGGUUUCUCGCCGGAAACAGAGGUCUGGUACGUCGGCUGCCUGAAGCCCGAAAUCGACCCGAAACAUCAAGAGGAGAUUUCACAGACGCUGGCGGAAAAUUUCCGGUGCGUCCCAGUUUUCCUGCCGCCCGAUGUGCUCAACAAUUUCUACCACGGCUUCUGUAAGCACUACCUCUGGCCUCUGUUUCACUAUAUGCUGCCCAUCUCGCCGGCGCACGGCGGCGCCGCCCGAUUCGACCGGAGGAAUUGGCAGGCAUACGUCUCGGCGAACAAAAUCUUCGCGCAGAGAGUGGUGGAAGUGCUGAAUCCGGAGGAGGAUUCGGUUUGGAUCCACGAUUACCAUCUCUUGCUCCUCCCCACUUUUCUCAGAAAAAAGUACCACAGAGUGAAAUUGGGGUUCUUUCUCCACAGCCCAUUUCCCUCAUCGGAAAUCUACAGGACGAUUCCCGUGAGGGAGGAGAUUCUUCGGGCUCUGCUCAAUUGCGAUUUGGUAGGGUUCCACACUUUCGAUUACGCCCGCCAUUUCCUGUCCUGCUGCAGCAGAAUGUUGGGGCUGGAUUACGAAUCGAAGAGAGGGUAUAUCGGAUUGGAGUAUUUUGGGCGAACUGUGAGCAUCAAAAUCCUGCCAGUGGGGAUUCACAUGGGCCAGCUCGAAUCGCAUCUCAACGGCGGCGAGAUCGUGGAGAAGGUGAAGCAGCUGAGAGACAAGUACAAGGGGAAGACCUUGAUUGUUGGGGUCGACGAUUUGGACAUCUUCAAAGGGAUCAGCCUCAAGUUUCUCGCAAUGGGGAGAUUGCUGGAGCAGAAUCCGGAUUUGAGAGGCAGAGUUGUUCUUGUCCAGAUUUGCAACCCAGCAAGGAGCAAAGGGAAAGACGUCAGAGAAGUGGAGGACGAGAUCAAUUCGGUGGCGAAUUCGGUGAAUCGGAGGUUUGGCAAAGCAGCAGAGGGUUACAGUCCGAUUGUGUUCAUCAAUGGUGGAGCUCUGACAACUAUGGAGAAGGCUGCUUACUACGCAGUUGCAGAAUGCUGCGUAGUGAAUUGCAUCAGGGACGGUAUGAAUUUGGUUUCUUACAAGUACACUGUUUGUAGGCAGGGGAGCCCUGUUCUUGACGGUGACAAGAUUGAGAAGAAGAAGAAGAGCGUCUUGAUCGUUUCGGAGUUCAUCGGGUGCUCCCCGUCGCUCAGCGGGGCGAUCAGGGUGAACCCGUGGAACAUCGAGGCGGUCGCGAUCGCGAUGUCGGAGGCGAUCACGAUGAAGGACGACGAGAAGACGAUGCGCCACGAGAAGCACUACAAGUACAUCAGCUCCCACGACGUGGCCUACUGGGCGAGGAGCUUCGACCAGGACCUCGAGCGGGCCUGCCGGGACCACUACAACAAGCGGUACUGGGGGGUCGGGUUCGGUCUCGGGUUCCGGAUCGUCGCCCUGGGCCCGAGCUUCAGGAAGCUCGAGAUCGAGCCGAUCCUGACAGCCUACAGGAAGACCUCGUCGUCGUCCAGCAGGCUCGUCCUGCUGGACUACGACGGCACCAUGACCCCACAGGCGUCCGUCGACAAGUCCCCCAGCGACGAGGUCAUCGCCGUCCUGAACCGGCUCUGCGACGACCCCCGGAACGUCGUGUUCGUCGUCAGCGGGCGGGGGAAGGAGCCGUUGAGCAAGUGGUUCUCCCGGUGCCCCAAAUUGGGGAUUUCUGCGGAGCAUGGUUACUUCACUAGGUUGGAAGAGGGAAUCGUCGUGGGAGGCGUGCCACGUGGUGACGGACAGCGACUGGAAGAAGAUAGCGGAGCCGGUGAUGGAGCUCUACACCGAGACGACGGACGGGUCGUUCAUCGAGCACAAGGAGAGCGCAUUGGUGUGGCACUAUCAGGAGGCAGAUGCGCAUUUCGGGCAGAGUCAGGCCAAAGAGCUCCUCGAUCACCUCGAGAAUGUGCUCGCCAAUGAGCCUGUUGUUGUCAAGAGAGGACAGCACAUUGUUGAGGUCAAACCCCAGGGAGUGAGUAAAGGCAUCGUGGUGUCGAAUUUGAUCUCGACGAUGCAGAGCGAGGGGAAGUCGCCCGACUUCCUGCUCUGCAUUGGGGACGAUCGAUCCGACGAGGACAUGUUCGAGUCGAUAGCGAGUCAGGUCGAGAACCCACACUCGCCGUCGAUUGCAGAGGUGUUCGCCUGCACGGUCGGGCAGAAGCCGAGCAUGGCCAAGUAUUACCUUGAUGACACUAGCGAAGUGAUCAAGCUGCUUCAAGGGCUUGCCAAUGCUUCUUCAGGAGUAGAGAGACCAUGGAAUCGAGGUUUAUGCAAAGAAGAGGAUGAAAGGUAACCAAACCCUAGCUUCUUCAAAAAAUGGAGAGUAUAGAAAGAGAAAGAUGGUUAGGAGAGUUCAAAAAUAGAGAGCCUAAAAUGGUGGUAAAAAAAGAAUGAAAGAAAAGGGUAGAUCUUUGUACAGAAGAUGAUGAUUAUGAUGAUAGGUUUACUUCAGCUUACAGCAUGUGGAUUUCUUUUCCCCCCCUGUUUUGUUGUUGGUUUUGUGAUGGGUUUAUACUUAACAAUUCUCAUAUUUGACUGAAUUCAUAUAAUCCAUUCUUUCAUUGCAAGAA